UCCAGCAAUGUUGCAGUAAAUCAAAGCGUUGCCUGGAAAGCAACAGAAACCUCCAAAUGUGCAUCUGAGGGGGCGUGUCCCUGCAGGUGAGUGUGACAUCAAAAGAAGAGGAAGAUCAGUGAUGCGCAGAGCCUGUGAGAAUUAGGGGCUUCUUCUUCUUCUUUUGAUAUUUGAAGCGUGACAUAAAGCCCCAACACUGAACUCUGUCUUCAUAAUCAGCUGUGACACCCGGGAGGAACAGUUUUCACUCUCUUUUGACUUGACGACAUCGGACGCAGAAGAUAAAGAACCUUUGGUCUGCAAGAUCCAAAACAUGUUGACGGAGACUCCAGAAUAUGAUUACAGUACAGUGGAAGAUUACUCAUACGAUGAUGGGCUCUGCAACCUCGACCCCAACCCCGUGGAAGUCAUCACCCAAACGUACAUCCACUCCAUCAUCUGUGCCUUCGGCCUGAUUGGCAACGUUCUGGUGAUCGUCACCUACAUAUUCUACAAGAGAACCAAGACGAUGACCGACGUCUAUCUCUACAAUGUAGCCGUGGCGGACCUGCUCUUCGUGGUCGCCCUGCCAUUUAUCAUCUACAACGAGCAGCACAGCUGGUUAAUGGGCUCUGUGGUCUGCAAGAUACUGAGGUCAGCCUACAGUAUCAACCUCUACAGUGGCAUGCUCCUGCUGGCGUGCAUUAGUGGUGACCGCUACGUUGCUAUAGUCCAGGCCAGAAGAUCCUUCGGUGCACGCUCACGCACUCUGCUCUACAGCCGCCUUAUCUGCUCAGUCAUUUGGGUGUUCGCAGUGGCUUUAACUCUGCCCACACUCCUCUACACCGAGCGCUUUGAAGAGCACAGUCUGGGGGCUCAGACCGCCAAUGUCAUGUGUCAGCUGUCUUUCAGCAAGACAGAAACUGCCAAGCUAAUGAAGGUGGUGGUUCCCAGCCUUCAAAUGGCCAUUGGCUUCCUGCUGCCUCUGCUGGUGAUGGUGUUCUGCUACUCCAGCAUCGUGUGCACCUUGCUGAGAGCCAAGAGCAGCCAGAGGCACAAGGCCGUCCGCGUGAUUAUGGCAGUUGUCGUGGUUUUCAUCGUGUGCCACCUCCCCUACAAUGUCACUCUGCUGAACCACACUCUGUCUCUUUUCAAGGAGAGGAGUUGUGAGGCAGAGAAGAUCAAACUCCAAGUGCUGGCCGUCUCCAGGAGCAUAGCGUACUUCCACUGCUGUCUCAAUCCCGUCCUCUAUGCCUUUAUCGGGGUGAAGUUCAGGAGCCACUUCCAGCAAAUAAUGUUGGACUUGUGGUGCUUUAGCAAAAAGUACAUCUACACCGCUUGCUUGUCACGCACGACGUCCGAUAUUUGCAUCUCAGGCCGCAUGUCUUCAGAUGGCUCCAACAACAUGAUGUCAUUCAGUGCAUGACACUGAAGCGGUACAAGCCGUUAGCAAUGCUCAUUAGCAUGGAGCAGCCUCUCAUCUUUCCCAACAAGCUGUUACUUUGCUUUAGCUGUACAUAAGUAGAGGUGAACGCAUCUGUGCAAAAUGUGCUUGAAUAAAACAUGUAGGGUAUUUGAAAUCUACUGAACUCUCAGCAAACAUUAGCAAGUUACCUUCAAUAUAACAUACAAUAAUAUUGUUGAGGUCUUUUUCUCCAAACUGUUUUAAAAGGCACUAAUUAGCAUGUCACUUUCAAUAUGAAUGUAAUUUAUAUGAUCUAAAAUGGAACAUCAACACACAUGAUAAAGUGAAGUACCGCAAAAUCUAUGGUUAAAUACUUAAAUAGAUACUAAGCAAUUACAGGUUGUCAAUGCGAUAUUUAGAGCAGAGGUAUUGCCUCCACGCGGCUCUCAACAUGGUGGCACUGAGCAGGUUUAGGCAACCAACCUACUUGGUUAAGUUUAGGAAAAGAUCAUGUUUUCGGUAAAAAAUGAACCCUUUCUAGCAGAAAGCCAAGAAGGCAAACUUCUUCCAUGUGCAGCCGGCGGUUAGCAGCUAACUUAGCCAACAGUGUACAGACUUGUUAAGCAGGAACAGCACAGGUGUAACCAACAACACAGUGGCUCCAUUCUAUGUAACAGUCCCAGUUAAAUAUCCACAAUACCAUAAUUGUGGGUCCUGGACAAGGAACACCUAAAUGGGACAAGUCAAGUCAAAAUGUCAAAUGUCAAAAUGUCUGCUGUGAGAAACGUCUAUACAAUGUUUUUACAUGGUUUUAUUAUUAGGGCAUUAACAUGGGAAGAAUAUCUGCCGAUUGUUGAGGUAAAAAGAUACAUUCUAUGUCAAUAUCCUUGUUUCCAAAUACUCAGAUGGACAUAACAUUUCACUAUGAUUUCAUAUCGUCUCUCACGUAUUGAGGCACAUGAAAUUACAUGUCAACUACAAUUGUUGAUGUUUUUAGUUAGAUAAUUGAACUGAAAUGUACAUGUUGUUGAUGACAUUAUUCUCUUCAUAUCUGUUAGCUGGCAAGUUUUGAUCCACUUGCAUUUGAUUUCAAUUCCGAAAUCUCUGAUUGAUCUUUACUGUUACAGAAAAAUAAAUAGAAUUUAUUAAUCCCAAAUGAUUAAUUCAUCCCUUGAUUUUGAACAAAUCAUCACAAACAUCUAGAUAUAUUUGUUAAUGAUGUAUUAUACGUAAAAUCUCACCCAAAACCCAUUUUGAAGAAGUUGUGAGUCUUUUUUUGGCGCAUUACCCUUCUUCACUGCUGCUUGUUAUACCAGCUGGACAAAAAGUUAAAUUCUCUGUGAUUAAUAUGAAAAAGAUGAAAUAAGACGGUCUGAGAUGUUUUUUAUUUACACAACACCGUCUACGGCAUAAACCCUACA